UUCAAUUUCAAACAUUCUAGUCUUCUACUUGUCCUAAGAAUAUAAUAGAAAUGGCCAACUAUUGUACAUUUGUUUUUAUGUUAGUAGCUACAGUUAGUGCCGUUUUGUGCAAGCCUCUUGAUUCUGUGGAGAAUUUUGAUACAAGCGCCGGCGCACAUAGCAUCGCAAAAAGGUUCGUCAAUCCUUUCCUCACUUCUGGUGGGUUCGAAGACACAGGACUCGGCAAAAUGAGGACAAAGAGAAGCGCUGAAGACUGCGAAAAGCUUCAGUUGUGUAAGCUCCACGCGCGCUCUAACAGGAAUUUCUUGGCAGCUUUCGAGUUGUAUUUUGUUAACAAAGAAAACGCCCGUCUCUGGGACCACCGCGUCCACAGCAUAGCGGAUUGCGAAAGAAGAUUCAGCUGCUACGAUAGAUAAAAUAACGUGUUUUCGGCACAAUAUUUAAGUUUAACAAUAAAUUUAUCAAUAAAAAACA